AUGGCUUGCAAUCGUCUCAUAUGUGAAUCAUGUUUAGGAUUACAAUCUAACAACACUUGGUCUUUACAGAAUGCUGUGGCUUAUGAAUUACAUCAAUGGUUAGACAAACGUAAAACCAAAUCAAGUUUUGACCUUGGUCUCGAUCCACAUGUAUAUCAUUUUAAUUCAAGCGAACUUGAAUAUCGUCAAUCAUUAACUCAAUACGCGACGUAUGAUUGUUUGUCGAUGCAACAACUGCUUCUUAAAUUAAAUUUAAUUACUAGUCAAGAAUUAAUUGUUGAUUCUUUAAAUGAAAUUGAUAUAAUUAUAUCGAAUGAUUUAACUCCACCAAGUCCACAUACAUCAAAUAUUCCAAUAACAAUUAAUAUAUCACAACAACAAUCGAAUCAAGCAGCAUCAGCUAUAACCGUAUUGAUUCAAACCGCAAAUGAUAACAUGAAUGAUUUAGAAGCUGUCUCAUCUGAUGAUGAUGAACAUCAACAACGUGCAAUAUUAAAUGAACAACAACGUAAUCCAUUAACUAUUCAAGAAAGGAAAAAGAUUCAUAAUCGUAGUAAAACAUUGAAACAACGGCAACGAUCAUAUAAACAUGAAAUCGUACAACGUGAUAUAGAUAAACGAUUUACAAUCACCGAUAUUAAAAAUAUUCUUCGACAACAUUCUAUUAAAUUGUGCGCCAUCAACACUUCAGUAUCACCAACAACAAAUAAAAAAUCGCUAUAUAUUGGAAUAAAAAACAAAAAUCUAUUAUCAAAUUACAAAGAACAAACCAAACAAUUAUUUACAACUACACAUUAUAAACAAUACAAACAUGUAUUAAGAUCAUCUAAUUAUAAAGAUGAUCGACGUAAUGGUUAUCAGCGUCGAAAUCAAACAAGUUGA